AUGAUUUAUACGGUACUGAUUGUACAGAUAUUGUCAAUUACAACGCUUCUAAUCCUACAAAUCCUUUAUUUUCGGAAAAGUAUUUUUUUGCAAAUAAUUCCAGCAUUUGUUGCUGCAACUCUUAUAUAUAGUAUUAUUAGAAGAAAACAUGCUUAUGUAUGGCCAACGAUUGCACUUUCGUGUUUUCAUAUCGUUUUGUCAUUCUAUCUGGAGAUCAUAUUUUUGUUCUACUAUAUUUUCAAACCUGCUUAUAUCAUCAUGGUGCUUAACUGGGCUUUCGACACACAGUAUACAGAAAAAACAGUUUCCUACUACGUACAGUCGACAGUUAUAUUUAUCUCUGUAAUAACAUUUGGCCUCUACAAUUACUGGCACUUGCACAUCUAUUCAUCCUCGCACAAAAUUUGGGAGCAUUUUUCCAUAAUGAUUUCUCCUCAACAUCAGUUUCCCCAGCCUCGCUACUGUACUUUAAAAAAACCGCAUAGGUCCUCAGACUAA